AUGCCGCUCUUCUCUCCCUUCUUCCGCCUGCCUGGGCGCUGGAGGAGCAGGAGUGCCCGGAAGCGGCGCAUGGCAGUCCAGACCACCGUCCUGAUUGUCAUCCUACUGCUCGUGCUCCCGCUCUACAUCAUCUACAAGCCGCCAAACGUCGUCAUCGGCUACUUCCAGAAUCGCUUCCCGCAUGUGCUGUUCCAGAUCAACACGACCAGGAAGAUCAUUGCCCUGACCGUUGACGAUGCGCCCAGUCCGUACACCCGCGAGAUCCUCGACAUUUUGAAGGCGAACGAUGCAUCAGCGACCUUCUUUGUCAUAGGCGGACAAGUACCACAGCACGAGGGACUACUGGAGGACAUUGUCAACGCUGGACACGAACUGGCCAACCACGCCAUGCACGACGAGCCAAGCAUAUCCUUGACCAGCUCUGAGCUCAAAGAACAAAUCGAUCACGUCGACAGGUACAUCGAUUCGGCUUACACAGCCGCUGGCAAAGAACGUGCAGCACACUACUUUCGACCUGGGUCUGGUUUCUUCAGCGAACGAAUCCUCGAGGUGGCUACCACGGCAGGCUACAGGACCAUUCUUGGAAGCAUUUACCCCCACGACCCUUUUAUCAGUGCGUGGUGGCUUAAUGCAUGGCACAUUCUGAGCAUGUACCGGCCCGGCGCAGUCAUCAUCUGUCAUGAUCGACGUUCGUGGACUGUGCCGAUGUUGAGCAAGGUGGUGCCUGCUUUGAAGAAGAAGGGCUAUGAAGUGCUAUCUGUCUCGAAGUUCUUGGAAAUGGCGAAAACCUGA